GUUGCAUAUCCAGCAAAUAUCGUUGACCACGCGGAACUUGGCAACUGCCACGAUGUACUCUCAUGACCCCAAAAAGUCAGCUCUUCCGACCCAUCGCAAAACGAAUCCCUUGCGACGACUGCAGUUUCGAAUGGCACGAGAAAAAUACAGCAUGUCAGCCACUAUGAUGCAAACUACUUGCUAUCACCCUGCAUCACAUUCAAAGGUCGACGCCAUCGCAUGAGGGACAUAUCCUCCCUCUCAUCUGGGUUUGGCGACAGUAAAAUUUUCGUACCCGAACAAAACCUCAGCCUCAACAACCAGCCGCCUCAAUCUACCCCUCUUCGCCCAACGACGCUACGGACCGAUCCUCGGGGAUAUCAACACAGCGAGGAUACGCCAGCACGUUCGCCGAGUCUGAACUCGUGGGUCGCUCAGCAAAGCGGUCGUGUCAGGCGGGAACAAGAACUCGACAAGGCCUCAUACUUGGCUUCUCUGCCACAACUUCCCUGUCAGCCUGGAGUUACUGGCAUCCACAAUCCCUCAGUUAAGUAGAUAUUCAAGAUGAUAAGGGAUAACGAGAACCCACAACUAGUCGAGCAGAUCAUAAUCCGGAUGCGAUGAGCUGAUUGACGAAUGGCUAGUGCUG